UUUCCACUAUCCAAUGGGUAAAGCGGGAAGGAGGUGGGGAAGGAAGAGCGUCUAUGCUCUCCCUCUCAACCCCCCCCCCUCAAGAUGGCGUUCACUGCUUUGUUUCUAGUUCUUUGCGGAGUAAUGGAUGUUUGAGCAGGGGGAAGAGAGAGAGUAACCUGGGACGGCUGCCUUGUGCGUUUCGGGGUAAGGCAGACACAAAAACGAGAGGCUACACGGCCAUCUAAACUCGUUUGCAAAACGACGGGUUAGCUGCCUCGUGUGAGGAGCUUCUUCUCACCUCUGUAUCUCCACUGUCCGUCCUGCAUUCUGCCCGGGGAAUGGCAAAACGCCGGUGAGAGCGGCCGAACGGCGGGUCAAGGGCUGUAAGAGAGAUGACAGCGGAGUCCAAGAGUGAAAGCAAGUUAAAUACAUUGGUGCAGAAGCUUCAUGAAUUUCUUGCUCACUCAUCAGAAGAAUCUGAGGACACACCUAGACAGUCUAUUAGCAGACGUGCAGCUAAAGUCAAGUCUGUAAAUCGACUGCAUCCAAUGGAAAACAACAUGGAUGAGGGAAGUACUUCUGAAAAGUUUAAUUCCUUGGGAUCAUCUCGUUCAAAAAGGAAACCGUCAUUUGUGCAAAAAUAUGUUGGGUCAGACGAAGAGAUGGUGCCAGAUAAAGCUGUCAAUAUAGACGGGUCUAAUGAGAAUUCAGAAAAUGAAGUCAAUAUGGAAAGCUUACCCAUAGGCACAGUGGUUGUACAACCAGAACCAGUCUUAAAUGAAGACAAAGAUGAUUUUAAAGGACCAGAGUUUCGGAUCAGAAACAAACCUAAACCAGGUACACCUUUGCCUAAGAAACGCACAGAGGAUGGCCUUCAUGGGAUUGUUAACUGUACAGCCUGUGGCCAACAAGUAAAUCAUUUUCAGAAGGAUUCAAUUUAUCGGCAUCCUGCUUUGAAAGUGCUUAUAUGUAAGACAUGCUAUAAAUAUUACAUGAGUGAUGAAAUAAACCGGGAUGCAGAUGGAAUGGAUGAACAGUGCAGAUGGUGUGCUGAAGGAGGAAACUUGAUUUGUUGUGAUUACUGUCAUAAUGCCUUUUGUAAGAAGUGCAUUCAACGAAAUUUGGGCAGAAAGGAGUUGUCUGCUAUCAUGGAUGAAGAUAGCAAAUGGGAGUGCUAUGUUUGUCGACCAGAACCUUUACUGGACUCUGUAGCUGCAUGUGACAGCGUGUUCGAAAAUUUAGAGCAAUUGUUACAGCAAAAUAAGAAGAAAAUGAAAGUGGACAAUGAAAAAAACAAAUCAAAUGAGCACUCCCAAAAUCAUUCAGAUAAAAAUAAUUCAAGCUGUAAUGGACAGGUCAAAAAUAUAGGUGAUGCACAUGCUGGUACUUUAACAUAUUCUUAUAGAGCACUUAUGGUGCCAAAGGAAAUGCUCAAAAAGGCAAAAAGACUUAUAGAGACAACAACUAGCCUGAAUGCAAGUUUUGUAAAGUUUAUGAAACAGGGAACUGAAAAUAAUGAAAUGAACCCUGAUGAAAAGUUACGACAGUUGAAGGCAUUUAAAUCUGUCCUGAGUGACCUAAAGAAAGCCCAUCAGGCUUUGGAGGAAACUUUAAUGGAAGAGGUUAGUUCAGUUGAGGAGCAAAAGAAAUCUAAGAAAAGCAGAGAGACCCCAGAUGAGACUACACAUGCAAAGGAGAAGAAACUUAGCGAAGAAAAGCACAAAGCACAAAAGAAAAUAGCUGCACAUGAAAAAAGAAAACCUUCAGAUUCUGACAAUAAGCAUAGAGAUCCUGACAUGAAUGCCUUUUACGAUACAGAGCAGGCUGAAGAAGUUAGGAACAAAAAUGGCAAAAGUUCAGAUCUCACUGAGGAGCAUAUAAAGAAAAGUGAACCAUUGUCUCCUGCUGACAUUACCCAGGUUUUGACAAUAAAUACACAGGAUACAGAUAAUAAUGUCAACAUGGAGGACACAGAUGAAAAUAUUGAAGGGGAAAGUGAAAAAGAGGCAGCUGAGAGUGAUAAAGGUAAGCAAAAAUCACAAAAAAAGAAGCACAAGAGUAUGCUCGACAAACCUAGGGAAGACUCACCUGGGAGCAGCAAGAAGAGUAUUCGUUUACCUAUGAAAGAAUGUGAUUCUCCUCUGCCUGAAAAAACCAAAGAGAAAAUAAUGGGCAAUCGGUGCACAGAGGCUCUUAAAUCUGGGAAAUCGUGCACACCACAAAAAAAAAACAAAAAUGCAGAGGCAACAUUUGAACCCAAUUCCACUGAAGCUCUUGACAUGGACAUUGUUUCAGUUCCAUCUUCUGUUCCAGAGGAUAUAUUCGAUAGCUUAGAUUUAUCUAUAGAGCAGCAAAAUUCUUUGCAAGAUUCUGUAACAGGUACGACAGUGAGCACAUCUGUAAAGUUCAAGGAAGUUCGAAAAGAACUUAAGCCACUGGUCAAGAAGCAGUUGGUUGUGCAGCUGACACCAGUGUCUCUGUCCAGUUCUCCUUUGAAAGCAGACAACAGUAAUUCAUGCAAAUCUCCAAAGAAUGGAAAUGGUAGUGAUGCUGAAAUGGAGGCUCCGAAUCAAAACAACACUUCAUGUGAUGAAGUCCUUGAGAACACCUCAGAGAAUGACCUAGAGGAAUGUGCUCUCAGGAGAUCACCUCGUGUAAAAACUACACCAAGGAGGCGACAAACUGCUGCAAAUUCUGCAACCUCAAAUACAGAAGAAGAGAGCAAUGAUACAGACAAAGAGAAAAACGGUAAAAUGGCAGCAUGUUCUAAAGAAAAACAAAUUUCUAAAGCAAAGCAUAGCCCAGCAGACAGUGGGGAAAGCCCAAAAGCAAAGUGGUCAUUAGCCAAGAAGAUGAAGACACAAAAGAAUAAAAGCACUUCUGAUUCAGAUGAUGUUCCAGGGGUACUUAAAAAUGCAGCCCUUAUGAGUAAAAGCUCCUCAGAAUUUGAUAGCAGUAAUGAGGCAAACAAUGGUAAAAAGUCUUCUAAUCAUGUAGAAAAAGCAACAAAAGGUGAUGGUAAGAGGAAAAGAAGUACCUCAAGUUCUGGUUCUGAACUAACCAAAAGGACAACUAGAAACUCAACAGCUACCAAAAAGCAACGUUGGGACCAUUCCGACACUUCAAAUUCUGAGCUAGAGAGAGAAUUAAAAAAACUUUGUAAAAAAGAUGCAAUCAACAAGGGCUCAAAGCAGAAAUUCAAGAAAAAGGAAGAAAGCAUCGAAUCAUCUGAUGAAAAGCAUCAAAGUAGAUCACAGAAAGCCAAAAUAUCCAAAAGAGAGAGAACACCUGCUUCUAAUAAGAAGGAAUCCUCAUCCGACCUUUCUGAAGAGGAGCAAGAAAAUAGCCACAAUUCAGAUGAAGACAGUGAUGAACAAAAGAUCAAACCUUUGGUGGAAAAUGAAGUUGUAUCUGCCACAGGAUUUGUUCAAUCAUCAGGCGAUGAAGCACGUACAAUAUGUGGGGCAGCUUCUGCUGAGAAUGAUGAUGAUGACGAUGAUGACCCUGAGAAUAGGUAUGAUUCCAUCCAUAUGGACAUAAAAAAGAUUAUAACACACCCUAAGCGUGGGCCCAAAGCAGAGCAUCGGAAGAGCAAGCAGGUUGUACAAACCCGGACUUCCUGCCUUGUAAAGACUCGAUCCCAGGCUGCUCGCAAGUUUGAACGAGUGGCCAUCAAAACAAGGCCAAAAAACCGAAAGUCAAUGAGAAAGAUUGCCAAGAAAAUGCUUCUGGAAGAAAUCAAAGCCAAUCUAUCUUCAGAUGAUACUGAAGAGCCAUUCUCUGAUGAAGAGCCAGAAGAAGGCAAAAAAAUCAGUGGCAAAGAAAACCGAAGCAAUCCAAGUGAUGAUGACAGUUCAGAUUCAGACUCUGAUUCUGAAUCUAAAAAAAUAAAAUAUAGACACCACCUUUUGAGUCACAAGAUAAGUUUGAGUGAUGGAAAGUCUGGAGAAGAGAGAGCAAAAAAAGAUAAAGCUAAGAACUCAAAGAAUGGGAAGCAUCGAAACAGACGGAAAGGAGCAGUGACGAAUCAGCCUCUUGACUCCAAAAAGUCAUCUGGGGUUAGUGAGGAAAUUUCAGAGUGUGAUGAUUCAGAUGAUCAGCGACCCAGAACAAGGUCUUUCACUGAGCACAUCAUUAAUGACGUAGUGCUCAUUGCUGAGCAGCACAAGGACAUGAGCAUCACAAGCAAGGGCUGGCUGUGGGGCGUGUUGAUAGACGUCAAUGAUGACUGUGUCCUCAAGGCUGCCUCGGGCAGCAAGGAGGAAGCUGCCUGCAAAAUGUGUGACGUCACCAGAGUCCAACAUUGCAGUAUCCACAGAGCACCGUUGCUUCUUCUAGACACCAGGGAGACAACUUUCAAUGCAUUCAGGCUGCAAAGAAAGAAUCCGAAAAGGGGCCAGCGCAGCUACAAGCAGAAGAAAAAGAGAAGGCGAAUUAAAGUCCAAGAUGACGCCAGUGAUAGCAAGGUACCUACUUCCAAAGUGGGGAGGAUCAAAAGAAAACUCCGUUAUUACACUGAAAUAGUUCCAGUAUUCAAAACUUUUGCAUCCCCACUGAGGGGAAGGUAUUUCACGGGAAAUAAAGAGUGGAGGGAUGGCAUCAUUCUCCAACUUCAGCACUGUGCUCUGAGUAAUCAUGGUAGUUCAGAGAAUGGAGACCAAGAUGAGGACUCAGACUCCAAAUCACCUGGAAAGGGCAGGAAGAAGAUAAGAAAGAUUAUCAAAAAUGACAAGUUGCGAACAGAAACUCGGAAUGCCUUGAAAGAGGAAGAGGAGAGAAGGAAGAGUAUAGCAGAGAGAGAGCAAGAACGAGAGAAACUAAGAGAGGUCAUUGAUAUUGGAGAUGCAUCAACUGUGAAGUGUCCAGUCACCACUAAACUAGUGUUUGAUGAAGAUGAAGAAACAAAAGAGCCUUUGUUGCAGGUUCACAGUACCAUGGUUACAAAGCUGAAACCACAUCAGGUAGACGGUGUUCAGUUCAUGUGGGUGGAGUCUGUAAAAAAGACCAAAAAGAACUCUGGUUCUGGCUGUAUAUUGGCUCAUUGUAUGGGUCUCGGCAAGACUUUGAAGGUUGUGACUUUCCUACACACUGUUCUUUUGUCUGACAAGUUGGAUUUUAGCACUGCACUUGUGGUGUGUCCAUUAAACACUGUUUUGAAUUGGCUCAAUGAAUUUGAAAAGUGGCAGGAUGGCAUGGACGAUGAAGAAAACUGGAGGUUUGCACUUUAUGUCAACCACCAGGUCGCUGAACUUGCUACAGUGAAGCGUCCUCAGGAAAGCUCUUACAUGAUGCAACAUUGGCAUCAAGAGGGAGGAAUCUUAAUAAUUGGCUAUGAGCUGUACCGAAACCUCACCCAAGGGAGGAAUGUGAAGAGCAAGAACGUGAAAGAGAUUUUUCAUAAGACUCUUGUGGAUCCAAGACCAGACUUAGUUAUAUGUGAUGAAGGGCACAUCCUCAAAAAUGAAAUGUCAGCCAUUUCCAAGGCCAUGAACUCCAUAAAGACAAAAAGAAGGAUAAUACUUACAGGAACCCCAUUGCAAAAUGAUCUUGUAGAGUAUCACUGCAUGGUUAACUUUAUCAAGGAAAACCUACUUGGUUCCGUUAAGGAGUUUAGAAAUCGUUUCAUCAAUCCUAUCCAGAACGGACAGUGUGCUGACUCUACCCUAGUUGAUGUCAGAGUGAUGAAAAAGAGAGCUCACAUCUUGUAUGAAAUGUUAGCUGGUUGUGUUCAGGUGUGUAUAUUUCAGAAAAGAGGUUACUUUGAUGAAGACAGCAUGGAAGGGUUCAUAGCCUCUGACUCUAAGGAAUCCUCUAUGAGUCUAAGUUCUGAGGAAGAAGUUAAUAAAAAGAAACCAAAGUGUAAAGGCAAACAGGAGAACAGCUCAAGCGAAGAAGAAAGUGACUAUGAUGUUGAAGUUAUCAAGGUGUGGAAUUCCAGAUCCCGUGGGAGCAAAGGAAAAUAUAAUGAUGAAGAGGCCUUGAACAGCCCUGUAGCUCCUAAAGUUGAACAAGGCAAUGCUGCAUCCUCUUUCACACCUGGAAGCCCAGCCCCUGACUGGUACAAGGAUUUUCUUACUGAAGCGGAUGCAUCUCUGAUGGAGCAUUCUGGGAAAGUAAUGCUUCUGUUUGAGAUUUUGCGCAUGGCUGAGGUUUUGGGUGACAAAGUUUUAGUUUUCAGCCAGUCUCUUAUAUCUCUGGAUUUGAUAGAAGAUUUUCUGGAAUUGGCAAGUACAGAGAAAAAUGAAGAGAACACAUCUGAUAAGCCAGUAUUUUACAAAGGGGAUGGAAAGUGGUUUAGAAAUAUUGAUUACUACGAUGGCCAAACAUCCCCUCAAACACGUAAAAAUUGGGCUGAGGAGUUCAAUGAUAUUACCAAUACAAGGGGCCGUUUGUUCCUUAUUUCUACAAAAGCGGGUUCCCUGUGUAUUAAUCUCGUUGCUGCUAAUCGUGUGAUAAUCUUUGAUGCAUCAUGGAAUCCAUCAUAUGAUAUUCAGAGUAUCUUCAGGGUGUAUCGAUUUGGACAGAACAAGCCUGUGUUUGUCUACAGGUUUUUGGCCCAGGGCACCAUGGAAGAAAAGAUCUAUGACAUGCAGGUCACCAAACAUUCCCUGUCAUUUAGGGUUGUCGAUCAACAACAAAUAGAACGUCACUUUACAAUGAAUGAACUGACUGAAUUUUACACCUUUGAGCCUGAUCAGCUGGAAGACGCUAAUUCCGAAAAGAAGAAAAAACGAGAGACUCCCAUGCUGCCUAAGGACACUGUGCUGGCUGAGCUGCUACAAAUCAUGAAGGAGCAGAAAGUGACCUAUCAUGAGCAUGACUCUCUUCUGGAUCAUAAGGAAGAAGAGGCCCUUACAGUAGUCAAAGGGUUUUUAUGUUUAUUUAUGUUAAAAAGUGGUUUCCAAACUGAACAUGGGUUUUUCUGUCAGUUUUCUGAAGUGAGCAGAAAUGCAACAAUUAUUGCUCAAGUGAAUAUCAACUCACAAUCUCCGUACAUGCCGUUAAACCUAUCUAAUCAGCAACUUGAGGAUCUAAUAAAACAAGGCAGAGAGAAAGUGGUUGAAGCUACAAAUAACAUUGCAUCUGCAAGGAUUCAAGCCCUGGAAGACAUCAUCUCGACAGUGUGGAAGGAAAAUCCAACCGCCUCUGUUCAAUCACUUGCCCUAAGCAGGCAGUCAAACCAAGAACUGGAAAUAAAGAGACGUGAGGCCCUUUAUAACAACGUACUGACUAAGCAGCAAAUGUUGAUCAGCUGUGUGCAGCGAAUACUCAUGAGUCGCAGGUUACAGGAGCAGUACAACCAGCAACAGCAGCAGCAACAUAAUGUUUUUCAUCAGCAAGCAGCAGCGCUGAGUCGCCUGAUACAGAAAAAUCCAAAUAUUAUAAUAUCCCCUGCUGCUACUAACUUUGCUCAAAUUGACAUGAGAGGAAUGUACCAAGGUGGAAUUCAAGGUCAUCAGAUGCACGUAAUACACCAACUAUAAGUCCUGGACCUUCUCAAGGGAAAAAAAUGUGAUAUUGCACUAAAACCUUAUAGGAACUGCUUUUUUAAAUUUUUGUAUGUGUAGAAAUCUAAGGCUUACAAUAACUCGGCUGUAUUAAAAAAAAAAAGUUUGGUUUGUUCCCUUUAAUGCCAAACUGUACUCUGUGUAAGCUUCACAUUGUAUUUAAGUUUGUUGUAGUCCUCUGUUUAUGCUCAAGAAAUAGCAAGACUUGCCCCUCCGUGCAGAAGAAAAGUAAUGGAAACACAGCCUUCCGUAAUCAAAUCGGCUGCUUGAACCGGCACACACAUUGCUGCUUUUCUUUUUCCAUCACAGAAGCAACACUCUGGAUGUUUUUAUUAAUGUAUAUCCCACAAUCGGCAGCACAAAGCAGAUGCAGCAGUCAGAGGGAAACUGCUGUAGUGUAUAAGUUAUGCAAGCUUUACCUCUUAGGCAGCAGACAGCACAGUUUUCACGGAUUGAACGCAGUCGUACUAACGACAGUGUUUCCUUCCUUGCUGUCUCUGCUUUUGAAUUCCUUUGCUUCAUAACUACUGACUUACCUGUUGUAGAGUUAUUUCAAUCCAUUCUUGAAAUACAGAUACACAGUUCUUUUAAAGACGCAUGCACUUUUUUUUUUUUUUUGCUGCUUUAACAGUACCCCUUUCGCCUACUGGAUUCCAAAAAACGUUCUACUUUUUAAAAUUCCUUCGAAGUAUAGCUGGGGUGG